CCAUUAAUAAUUUAUUAUUUCAAAUUUGACCCAAAGAAAAAAAAAAAAAAAAAAAAAAACUACCUACUUACGGAGUACUCUGUAAUUCGUAUAUCUUUGUUUGACUUAUACAGUCUAAUCCACCCAAAUAAAAAAAAUGUCAACUGACUUAUUAACAAGAAGAUGAUGAGGUUGAUCUGGGUUUAUAAAAUUUCCCAAAUUUCUUGAAUUCCUUGUUUGUAAGAUGGAAGAGGAGGUAGUACCCGCGAAAAUGCCAUUGGAUUUCGUAACUUGGCAACAAAUUGAUCUUGCUGAAAGUUACCUUGUUAGUGGAAUGUUUGAGGAGGCGGCAGCAUCAGCCUCUUCAAUUUUGACACGCUUACAUGAUAAUAGACACAUAUACACGGAGGAGGAUGUUGUAUGGCAUGAGAUGAUGGAAUCAUCUGCAAUGGUCCUAGUCCAGUCUUGGAGAGAAACUGGAAGGUCAUCAGAUUUGUUAAAGGAACUUGAGGGUUAUUUUGGAUCAGUCACUGAAAUUCCUCUUCAAGUUGUUCUAACCGGUGCAUGUGUGCAGGUCUCAGGUGGACAUCCCUCUAGAGUCCGUGACUUCCUGGAGGAUUUUCUUUCAAAGUGGCAGUUGAACAAUGAGAAGUAUUAUGCUUUUGCUAGUCCGAAUGUGCAGAAAAAUGAUGUGGAUGUAUCUGCUGGGCAUUUCACUUUAGAAGGGGACCAAUUUAUCAAAGUUGUUGAAUUUUAUGCAUUGACACUUCUGGGAGUAGCUUUAAAUGGUGUCGACCAUGCUAUCUCAUGGGUUGAGAAAGCUCAGCUACCAGAGAACGCACGGCAGGAUCUCUUGAGGAGACUCCACUCUCUGUAUCAUCUCAAAUCAUCUAGCUCUACACUUGGUGAUGUAUCGGUAUCAACAGUUGAGGAGCCUGAAUCUCAUGCUUUAUCGUUGAAAGAAGUUAAGCAAUCAGAUAAGACCAUGACAGUCCUGAGCACCCAAGGUCACAAUGGAGGUGUUGAUUCAAAACAUCAUUUUUGGAUAUCAUUGCAGAACAUAACUCAAAGGUCUUGCAAUUCAGUUAUUGCAUCUAGAAGGAAGAUCUUCUUGGCUUGUUUGAUUUUUGUGAUUAGCUAUUUCAUUCAGAAGAAACGAGAAUCCAUAAAGAGGGGUGUUCUUAGUAGAGUGUUAUCGCUGAAACAGACUUUGGUAGACUUUUGGAAGUUGGCAUUUUCAUACCAAGUGAACCCUUUGGCUGCUGUUCAACCCCUUCCUGCCUCAACAAACAGGAGCAGGUGAUUGUGUAUGGAUUGCCAGUCUGCCACUGAUGCAUUGAUCUUCACAUCUCACCACAAGCUUGAACUAGUUGUUUUCUUUAGCCAAUGUGGCUUACUAUGUGCCAUGGUCAUCAUAUGCACAAUGGCUGCAAGCAGCUGAGUUCACUUCGGCUGUUUCACAUCAUGUAUAUAUUGAUCUGAAUUGAGAACAAAAGAAAGAACAGUACAUGGUCACAUAGGAAGGAAAUGCCUUAGCCUGAGGCAUGGCAGAGCUUUUGUAAAUUUUAAAACGCAACGUGGAAGAAAAACCCUUGAUGAUUGUAUAACUGUAUGGAUUGAAAUUGGUUGGUUCUGGUUUGAUACCUACAAAACUGCAUAAUCAAAUUCAAAAGGGUUUCUAACUCUCUCUCUCUAA